CACCACGGUGACACCCACCUACCUGGCCACCGCCAUGACAGAGGAGACCAUCGACCUACAAACAGGACUUCUCACGCUACUUGUUCUUGUUGCAUACAUUGUGUCAUACCUUCUCAAGGCAUCGGCUGUUACCAUUGUCCCGCCUUCUGGAGCCGUCAUUGUUCUGGGUAUGCUCGCAGGCGCUCUCUUGCGGUGGACGGCGCCAAGAGCAUCUGCCUCGAUGACCGAGUUCAACUCGAGCGUGUUUACCACACUCCUCUUGCCGCCUUUGAUCUUUGAGUCGGGCUUUGGUCUCCAUGCCAAAGCCUUUUUCGCAAACUUGGGCUCCAUCAUGACCUUCGCCAUUCCCGGCACCAUCAUCUCUACCGUUGUCGUUGGCCUCUUCGCUUGGGCUGCUUCUUUCGGUCUCGCCGCUGACAAGCAGCUCUCCAUCGUGGAGGCUCUCUUGUUUGGCUCUCUCAUCUCGGCUACCGAUCCGGUCUCUACGCUUGCUAUCUUCCACACCCUUGAUGCCGACAAGACGCUCGACUCGCUCGUCUUUGGCGAGUCGGUCAUGAACGACGCUGUUGCCAUUGUCCUCUUUGGCGCUCUGCUGCAGUACGUCGACGAUCCUGUCACUGCCGGCACGCUCACCUUGGCCUUUGUCCAGUUUGUAGUGGUCCUUGUCGGCUCUGUUGUCUUUGGCACUCUCGCCGCCAUCGCCCUCGCCUUUGGCACCAAGCACGCCCGGCUGUACCUCUUCCCCACCAUGGAGGCCACCAUCCUGCUGCUGACAGCCUUUGCCACCUAUCUCCUCGCUGGUGCCUCGCAGCUCUCGGGCAUCACCGCAGUCUUUGCCUUUGGCGCAAGCGUGCGCCACUACGCAUGGUACAACCUCUCAUCCAAGGGUCAGGAGGGCUGCAUCUUCAUGUUCCGCUCGCUCGCCGAGCUCGCAGAGACCGUCAUCUUUGCCUACCUCGGCCUCUCUGCCUUUACCUUUGAGCGCGCCUACGAACCCAUCUUUAUUGUCGCCUGCUUUAUGGCCUGUCUCAUCGGCCGCGCCGCCAACGUUGUCCCUCUCUCGGCCGCCCUCAACUGCGGCCGCAAGACCAAGAUCACUCCGGCCAUGCAGAUGGUCAUGUGGGCUGCUGGCCUCCGCGGUGCCGUUUCGUACGCGCUCGCCCUCACUUUGCCCACCAGCUCCCGCCCGCUCCUGGUCGCCACCACCCAUGGUGUCGUCGUCGCCACUAUCUUUACCGGCGGCACCAUGGGUCCGCUUCUCAAGCUGCUCGGCCUCAACGGCUCGGCGGCCGGCGGCCGCCCAGCCUCCUCGCCGCGCGACGGCGACUACGAGAUGCACGACGUUGCCGAGCACAACAGCGCCUCUCGGAACACCCCGCUGGUCGCCUCAUCCUCCCGCCAAGCGGCCGAGGCCGCCAACGUUCUCGGCGGCCUCGACGGCCGCCGCUCCGUUGCCGUCGCCUCCUCCUCCGCCCGCCGCUCCACCUCGCGCCGCGCUCGCUACCGCUCCGCCACUGCCGAGUGCUGGCGCUCCCUCGACAAGCGCAUCAUCCUCCCGCUUGUCUCGAACAAGUACAACCCGAACGCGCCGUGCCACCUCAUCGAGUUCAACCACGAGCUCGAGCUCGUCCCGGCCUCGCUUGUCCCUACUGCCAUCUCCGAGGGCGUUUCUUCGUCCGACCCGGCCCUCGCCGUCCUCCUCGCAGAGCAGCGCGCGAGCAACGCCACCGGCGACUACGUCCCGCCCUCGCUCAAUCGCCUCUCAUCUGGCUCGGCCUCCUCGUCCUCUCCCUCUGACGCUCACGGCUUUGACUACGUCGAAGCGCCGCUGCUGCCGCAUUCCACUCACCAGCCCGCCACUGAUGGCGCUGAUGCCACCUACGAAGCCGGCGCACUGUCCUCCCCCUCGUCCCCACCCUCGGCAGAGCCCUCAACCUCGGCAGAGUACUCGAGCCACAGCCUUGCUCGCAACCGCUCAGACUCUGACGAUCUGGCCAACAUCCCCACCUCCUUUUACUCUCCACCCGAGUUCUAG